AUGAAGAGUGCCGGUGGUGGCCACGAAUGCGCCUGCUCAGGGCCAUUCACGCUGCUCAAUAAGAGAUGCAUCCACCAAGAUUGUCUUCGCGACAACGUGUACUGCGGAGGAGACGCUCUGGCCGGCUGCGUGUACAAACCGGAGCAGCAGAGGUUUGGAUGUGCUUGUUCCGAAGGCUUUCUCGCUGUGAGCACAGGAGAGCAAUGUGUCCCGAGGAAGUGCAUCUAUGUGCACUCGACUCUCGCUGAGCCAAAGGUGUGCGGAGGAUUCGGCACUUGCUUUGGCCAGGCUGGAACCCCCCUUUCUGAAAAGAGGUGUAGCUGCACAGACAACACUACCGAAGUAACGCUUCGCGACAUCACAGGGGUCCUUAAGAGUACGUGCGUCCAAGAAGGCUGCAUCAAUUACGUUGAUCAGAAUCCUCUGAUCUGUGGUGGUGUCGGUGAAUGCGUGCAUGGAAAGUGUGUUUGUGAUAUUGGCUACUCUGCAGUCAAUGGAACGUGUGCCAGCCCGCGCUGCAUUGUCCCUGUAGCAAGCGGUUUGCAUACAGUCCAGUCUGUGUGUGGAGGCCCGACUGUUGCCUCCUGUGUAGUUUCUGAGCUUCCAAACACUGCGCUGAAUGGAUAUAUAUGCAAAUGUAUAAAUACGACAGACAAUAAGUACAGGCAAAUCGGCAGACAGUGUGCUCCACAGGAGUGCGUCUUCCCAAGGUCUGCCAAUGGUCACGACGUCGACACUGUUUGCGGAGGACAUGAGUUUGGUACAUGCGUUAUGGAUCUAGUGGGCAAUAAGUCUUAUUGCUCUUGUGAUAAAGAUGUUGCUGUCCAGCUCUUUACCGGAAGAUGCAUUCCUAAGGAGUGUGCUGGCCUCAUUGACUUUAAUAAGUACGAGGAAUGCGGAGGCAACGGAAGCUGUACAAGGUCUGGCGAUAGCUAUUUCUGCACAUGCAAGUCUGGAUAUAAGACAAUCACCUUCCGAGGCGUCGUGUAUCCGUGUGUGGCAACGGAGUGCAUUACGCAAGAAUCGGACGGGGCAGAAACUGUUUGUCACAGCGGAGGGGUAUGUUCUGCAGAGAAGAAGUGUGUCUGUAAGAAUGGCCACUACGGGGAAAAGUGUGAGAAUUGUUCGAGUGGGUACACAAGGGACAGAAGCUCCAGAACCUGCUAUGUCAAAGAUUGCUUCAGUUCCGAGCCGGGCUUUGAAGACGUUGUUUGCAACGGGGCUGGCAGGUGUGUUGAAGAGGAAGGAGAUAAGGGUUACUGCAUCUGCGAUUCCUACUGGGGGCCGUCAGGCACGGUAUGCUACCCCCUAGGGUGCCUUACUCUUGGGACGGUGUGCAACGGUAACGGCCGAUGUACGGUGGUCAAAGGGGGCGUUUGUACAUGCAAUGACAACUAUCAGAGCACCGUUGAUAGCAUAUGCGUCCACAAAGACUGCAUAUCCACUACGGGUGGCGUUAACCUGGUCUGCAGUGGACAUGGCCGUUGUCUCUCGGAUAAUGGGAGAGUACCUGUCUGUAGAUGCUAUCCAGGUUACACACUAAAGGACAGUUUUGCAUGCGAGGCCGACGUAGCAAGAACAGCCAUUCAACCCUACGUUCCAAUUGUCGUCGGAGUUCUUGUCCUCAGCGUGCUUGCAGGUCUCAUUGGGUUCCUCUCGUGGCGGUUCUGUUGUAAGAACAAGAAGCCCAAGCAUCCUCUCGAUAUACCCACGAAGCGACGAGGCAGGCGGGAAAGGUCUGCCAUAGCACUCAUAUCUUAUGCAAACUUCCGCGGUCGUAACGCAAACGAGGCCAUGGGACUGGCAGAGCUAGAGGAAGGAUCCGAUGGUAGUGCCGCGGUUUAA